GCAGGAAAGGAGAGCGCGAGUGCUCACCUCUCGUAAAGCAAAGCCGGUCUCUCCCGUCCCUCCUUCUCUGGCGUUUGUCUGUCGGCUCACCAGCGCCACCGCCACCGUCGCCGCUGUGCUGCAGCGCUGCCGCUUGCUCGCAAGCCGCCGCCGCCGACGUUCGUUUGCCCCGUCUGGUCGAUCCGCCGCUUCGUUCCGCGAGUAGCAGGCGACGUCGGCCGUGGUGGUGGUGGUCGUUGGUGCGAGUGUGUGUGCGCGCGCGCGUGCGUGUGUGUGUGAACGCGCUGCAACGGUGCCCCUCGUUGCCGUCGGGUCCACCCCGCUGACCAGCGUCGGAAUCUCACGUCUGCUUCCGAGCCGGUGAGCCCGAGAGAGAGCCCUCGGCGUUCCGCCGCCGCUGCUGCCGGCGUCUUGGGACCAGAUCCGCGACAAAGCAUCAGCAACAGCAGCCGAACAGCCGAAGCCAUGCAGCAGCAGCAGCAGCAGCUACACGGACCGAGAACCGAGGAGGCUGGACGAGCGUGAACGUCGCUCGCGAGCGGCAAGCCGUUGGCCCGCUUUGAACGCCGGCCGCGGCGUUUUUCUGUGAUCGGGGCUGCUGCCUCUCCCUCUCGGGACCGUCGGCGUGACCGGUGAACACUGCAGUAACCUUGGUUUGUAGUACUACCAGUACUACUGCUGCUGGCGGUGUGUUUAUCUCAUCUCGCCGUGCCCUAUUGCCUCCGCCCGCGUGUGAUCGCAUCGCUGUGUGUAGGCAGGCCGGCGUCACUUCGUUCCCCGUCCCGCGUUCAUUCGAAUGCGAUGAGCGCCGCAGAAGCUAGCGCCGUAUUCGCGCUGCCUUCCGGGCUGACCGCGAUGGAAGAAGUGUUGGCCGCCUCGUUCCAGCGGGUUCAGUGCUGAGUGUUGCGUCUGCCGCCGGUGCAGUUUGGAAAACGGUGCAGCAGCGUCGUGUCCCGACCCUCUUGAACGUCGUCUUCGUCACUUUGCGUCCCACUGCUUCUGGGUCAUCGCCGAGACUCCCCAAGUGCUGCUAGGCGAGCUCGCCGCUUUCGUUUUUGUUUUGUUUCGGAUCCCGCGCUUGACCGUCUCCCGCGGGAGUACUUGCCACCCACACUGGUGUGACCGUCGUCGCCCUCCGCUUCUUCUCACGUCGCGUCUUUAUUUUGUCGUUGUGAUCGGCCAUGGAUAUCAAGCUACUGCACAAGAGCAACACCUUCAGCAACUUCGGCAGCCACAAGCUUGGCAGCUGGUUCUCCACCUUCAGCAUCGCCAGGCGGAAAAAUGGCCCCACGCUGAAGAAUUCCAAGAGUCUGAGUGUUGUUCACGAGCAUCCCCGCAUCGGCUCUGAUGGCGAGAGUGAGGAGGCAUCCGGUGCUUCGGACGAGGUCAUCUCCCCCGUGCGGCUUCGGCCGAAGACCAACAACAACCGCAGAACCAAUCAGUCCGACAUCAGCAAGCGGUUGUCGCUACCCGCUGAUCUGCGGCUUCCCGAGAGCUUCCUCAACAAGCAGCAGCAGGUCCUGGAUGGCCCUCUCAGUAGGUCUAUCCGAAGGCAGUCUCUGUCUGAAAUCGGAUUUGGGAAGAUGGAGACCUACACGAAGCUGGACAAGCUUGGGGAGGGGACCUACGCCAUGGUGUUCAAGGGCAAGAGCCGGCUGACGGACAAUUUGGUAGCCCUCAAGGAGAUUCGGCUAGAGCACGAGGAGGGGGCGCCCUGUACUGCCAUUAGAGAAGUUUCACUCCUGAAGGACUUGAAGCACAACAACAUAGUUACUCUACACGACAUAGUUCAUACAGAAAAAUCUCUCACUCUCGUCUUCGAAUACUUGGAAAAAGACUUGAAGCAGUAUAUGGAUGACUGUGGAAACUUCCUCUCAAUGAAUACUGUAAAAUGCUUUCUGUUCCAACUAUUGCGCGGCCUGGCGUACUGUCAUGGGCGGCGCAUCCUUCACCGGGACCUCAAGCCACAGAACCUUCUCAUCAAUGAGCGGGGAGAGCUCAAGCUGGCCGACUUUGGUCUGGCGCGAGCCAAGUCGGUGCCCAUCAAGACCUUCUCGAACGAGGUGGUCACCCUGUGGUAUCGGCCACCAGAUGUCCUCCUGGGCUCCACCGACUACUCCACCUCCAUCGACAUGUGGGGCGUCGGUUGCAUCUUCUACGAGAUGGCGAGUGGGCGGCCACUUUUCCCUGGCUCUACGGUGGAGGAUGAGCUGCACCUCAUCUUCCGCACGCUUGGCACUCCUACAGACACCACAUGGCCAGGCAUUGAGUCUCGAUCCGAGUUCCUGGCCUACCGCUUUCCCCGCUACACGCCCGAGAACUUGGGCUCCAAGGUGCCACGCAUUGGAGCGCCUGGCGUGUCCCUCCUGCUCGAAUUCCUCAAGUUUGAACCAAAGAUGAGGAUAUCGGCAAAAGAUGCGAUGAGGCAUUCUUACUUUGACAGCUUGGGGCCAAAUGUUCACAAACUUCCAGACACUGCUUCAAUCUUCACAAUACCCGGGGUACAACUGACUCGGGCAGCAAGUCUUCAAUACGACCGCAACGCACCGUUGGUGUAACCAGAGCAGCUGCCGUUCGUCCGAACUUUCCGUUCGCCCACGUGCACACACACACUUAUACCUUUUGCGUUGCUCCCACUCAUCUGUCUACGGCACCCAAGGACGAUAGGGUCGGUCGACAGCGGCUCCUAGUCAUGCCCGGCCACGGCUCAACUCUCUUGUUCCUGGUGUUACUGCCCGACAUUGCCAAUUCCCCUCCCGCACGCGCACAUUCUUUCUUUUUUUUUUUUGUCUCUCUUUGUCGCUCUUUUUAUGUGCGUCGUCAGUGUUGACAGCUGUGAUCAACAUAUCUCAAUCGAUCGCAGCCGUUUGUUGCGUCUCCUCUGUUGGCAAAACUGUACCGCUGCAAUGCACUGCACUGUAUGAUGAACUACAGUCCAGUACGGUAUGAAAGAGAACGCCGGCCUCGCGUUGUAAAAUAGUAUGGUGUGAGCAUGGACUUGGUGCACAAAUGUGCACCUGAUACCCACCUGCUGAAAUGCUUGGCCUCAUCGAGCACAUAUUAUGCCCGUCACUGAUGAAAUGUCACACUUUCUUCUAGGCUCGACGUUCUUUCUCAUGGUAUGUAACGCUGAAUAUUUUCAUCCCUCCGCGCAUCCAUUUGCAGAGGAGGGAGUGGUGCGCCAUUCUGCUCUCGCUACAAAUUCGUCCAUUCAUUACCGAGAGGAUACCUUUAGGCUCUGAUUUGAGAGCAGCUACGUUUCAGGGGUUUGAGGCUUGAGAAGUAGCAGGAAGUGGGGGAAAAUCUACCAAGAAGUACGAAAGCAAUUGCCUUUCCUGCUGUUCAUUAUUUUGCUGCAUUCCCCAAGGAAACUAAGACCCGAAGGGUACCAGGUUUCCCGCGCCCUUAGCUGUUGCUUAGCUUAGCUUGGUAGUGGAGGACAAAUGAAUAACCCUGUUUGAAGAGGAUACAGCACCAGCCAUUCUCGUUGCAUUCAUCCACCUGGAAACGCUCGUGAUAUCUAUGCUGCCAAAAGGAAGCCAACGCACAGUUUAGACAAGUUGAAAGGGCGACGCAUGCGACAGACAGUUGUGUCUCGUUUCUGGGGCACUGUUAAUUGUCGGCACACUUCGAGUGGCACGAAAGCUUCAUGUUAGCUGUGUAGAGCAAAGAAAAUAUGCAUUCUUCGAGGUGGUUCAUGAAAAAAAGCAUAUAAUAGCAUGAUCGAGAAUAUGAUGCGAGGGCAGUAAAGUUCUGUGAAGGCCAAGAAGGAAUUGAACACCUGUAAACUUUCAUAGCCGAAAUGUAAUGCGAGAAGGAAACUUGAGAUAGCAAAAUCUGCCAGUCUGAGAAGGAACUUUUUAUGUUGGAGUUUGCGGUAUUUGAAAGACGCACUGCAGAUAUUUAUAAUCCACUGCAUGGUCCUGUUUCAUUUUCUUCUCAUUUUUUCCAUUAAUGUGGUUCUCAUUCUUCACGUUGUAACGUUGCCACGUUUUACACCAGUUUCCUGCUUUUCUGACGUACAAGGAUUCUGCCGCGUGGGACGUUGGUAUUUAUCACACACAGUUGUAUGGACGGAUUUUGCUUGUGUUGAUUGCCUAGCUUGCAGAGCAGAGGUUAUCACGGUGUUACUUGUGAAUCAUUCAAGCGAUAAAUGGGCAGUCUUGAAAACCAUGGGGCAGCAUACUUGUGCCACUAUUGUUCACCUGUUUCAUGCAAUGAAUUAGAAAGAAGGCUUGCUCUUCCACUCAAGAAAAUCCGUCAUUUUCGUUUCAAGCAAGUUUUUAACAGUGAUCUCUACACUCCAAGCUUACAGAAGAGAGCACAAAAAAAAAAAGAAAGAAAACUUCUGGUUUGAAAAUUUUGCAUUUAGCCCAUCCCUGAUUUGGGAAAGUGGUGAAUGUGGUCGAGGAGAGGCUAUAGGCUUUGCCACGUUUGUGCAUUUUUAUUGAGCAAGUUGUGACAUGUACUGUUUAAAUGCGCACAAAAGGCAACUAUUAAGUCAAGCUUUAGCGAUAGAUUGAUGCCAGAAAAUGUCUAAGGUGUCAUUAUUAUCGAGAAUAGAGCUUCAGUAAGUGAGAGAUUGAAGUAAAUGUGGAACACGAUUUGAGACUAUGCCAGGACUAUCUAGCACUAGUCCAGUGAUGUAGGACCUCAUUAGAAUUGUGUCACUAAAGAUCAUGAGAACGUUAUUGCAAUGUGGCAAAAUAACUGUAGCAAAAUGAAGCUGGUCCGGACUACUUGGCAUUCUGAUACAUGCACAGAAGCUCAUCCUGCCACAAGACCUCAUAAUCAGUGUGGUUUUUAUCGUGUAAAAUCCCAGAGCAUGUUUUUUAACAUUGCUUGCGUAGCCGCAGAAAGUUGCGCACUAGUGGUGCCAGAUAGGAGUGCUUCUAGAGGGCACAAAAUUGAGUUUGGCAGCCAGGUUGUGCUAGGAAUGGUUUCCCUGGUUAAGGCAUUUCCAGUGUAGGUCUCAUUUACUGUUAGCAGCUAGCUUUUUGUCUCGUUUUACUCUGUUUGCUCGACUAUUUUUUAUACCGCUCCUGCGUCUUCAAUCUCUCUCCCUCUUGUGACCUUCUGUUCUCUUUCCAGCUAAACCUCGUUGCACAAGCUAGUCUCAGUCAAUGUUCAUAAAGCCAAAACAAGCGCACAUGUUGUUACGAAGGACAAAUUCGUUGCAACUUGCUGUGAGAUGCGUACUGUCUAUGCAUGUUAUCUUGAGGGGAUACUGCCGAUACAUCGUAUUUGCUGGUCAACAUAUAGGGGCACAUAUGGGCUUGCUCACCGAUAUUUGAGAAAUUUGCUCUUUCCAUCGGAGUAUCUCACCGCACCUGCUUUGUUGUGAGUGUAGGACUGACUGCUGCUGCCACUGCCGCUGGUGCGUCCACACUUCUCUUAUCUUUUAUCUGCUGCGGUUGUGAUUGUGUAGACGGUGCUCACGAGGGCUGUUAAUUGACCAGCCUCGCCGCAAGUUUUACUGCGGCCACUGCUGUCGCAGGAGAUGCCGGUAGAGGUUAUCCUUGGCAGCAUGAAUGGCAACUACAGUUUGAACUUCGUUACUUUUCUGAGAUUUUCUUUCUGCGAAGGACUGCCACAAACUUUGGAGUGAAGGGGGGCAGAGGAAGUCGGGAUAAGAAUAUCAGAAUUAUGUAGCCAGGGCAGGGCUGGUAUGUGCGAGCCUCGUCGCCCAUCGGUGAAUUGCGCACACUAGCUAGCCUCAACGUCAACUCGAGUUGCCUUGAGCUUAUGUACAAUGUGUAAGUGAGGACUACCAGCAUUGUGGUGCUGGUAAGAUGGGUGGGUGUUCAAGUGCCCUGAGCCCUGUAAAAUCGGCUCUGUUGCAGUCGGUUACAUUGUUAAAGGCCGAAUGUGAGUGCAAGUACAAUUUUGAAGCACAGGUAUAAGGAAAUCAAGACAAACUUAAAGAUAAAGGCAGGAGGGAAGAUGACAUUGUUGUGCUGUGUACAUGUUGCAUGCGAGAAAUGUGCAAUUCUUUGAGAGCUUCAAAAGAAACCUCACUCUUUCUCAACUGUACUGCGCGCAGAGACUUAAAACUAGUGAAUAUAGAGUAGGCUUGCGUGUAGUGCCAUAUAGCUUAACGUGUUAUAUCCUUCUUAGCCAGUCCCCGAUGCUCAAGGGAAGGCCCGCAACUAUACGAGACAGGUGCACCAGCACUCCAUCAAAGUACACAAACCGUGCACUGAUUGCUGUGUCAAGUUGUCCAGUUCUUUCGGUGCUGACCAGAGAAAAAGUCCAUCCAUCUAACCAUUUAAGGAGCUCACGAUUUGCACACCCGCAUCUCCAGUACCCGACUCUCUCCCGUCCCCGCGUUUUUGACUUGUCCUUAUGUAGCCUGCAUGCUUGUCUCGCACGCUUUUCUCGCACUCUGGGGAGUCGGCUGAUGGUACUUAUGGCUGAUAAACUGGUUGAAGCGUAGCUUUGUGGCCACAUUCGACAGUGGCCGCUCUCUCUAGACAUUGAGACAAGCUUUCAAAAGAACUGUGGAACAGUGUCCAACACAGUUUCUUGGAAAUCGCUCAGUUUGUAAUAAUGGCAAAAGUGUUGCUGCUGCCCUAGAACUGGCAUGCUUCUGAUAGUGUUCUUCCCACUGUUGAGCUUAGUGUGUGUGUGUGUGUAUGUGAAAUGGCACGAACGGUGCAGGGAGCCCCAGUGCGAAAGGGAACACCCGAUUACUGCUCGAACAAUGGUUACUGCAGAGGUGCAAGUGUGCGUGUCAAUUGCCGACACAUGCUAAGUAGUUCUUGUAUCCAAGAACUUGUCACAUGGUACAUUUCCCACGGUUGCUCGAAAGAGCAAGGGACGCUUGAAAUCGGGCGUUCACUUUCACGUUGGUUUGCCUCGUACUUGUUGAAAAGAAAAAGAGUGCCGAACAUGCUGCUGUUUUGUAACCUCUUUUGCGCGUGCCCACAGAGCUUCGUGUUUUUCCCCGAAAGUCUACAACACAGCAAGUAUUGCCUCAGAGUGUGUACGGGCUUGCAGUACAAUUUCGCGCACGAUGAUGGACCAUACGCCUCUUUUGAGCAAGAGGGUGAUGUCAUGUUUGGUCUCAAAACUCUCUGGUUAAGCUUUCGCAGCCAGUGCUUUUCUUUUGACUGACAGUACCGCAAGGAGCUGCGAGUGUCAAUUGUCUUGGCUCGUCUCGGCAGCCAGAGGUGCAUGCCCACAGCCCAGUGUGAUAAGUCGGAGGACCUGUACCUGGCCUGUUUCUAUGACGAUUGCUCAGAUUUUUCAACGCUUUUGGGUGAGGUUGGAGAAGGAGACGAAGCUUUUGCGCAUUGACAGUGCGUGUGUGCCAUAGGCAGGUUUGAAGUUUCUCAUGGUAGUUUGCCGCGUCAUCACUUCACCGAGGAAGAGGAAAGGUGUUUGUCAAAGCUCUCUGAGGCAUUCAUUCCACAAGACUACUCGGUUCCGAAGCUCACCUCUCCACAUGGUUGAAAUGUCUUUGGAUAGCUCUCCUUCCAUUCUUUUUUUUUUUUUUGAAGCGUCGGAAACUGUGUUUUCUUGCAUGCAUGCGUGUGGAGUGUGUUGCCUGAAGGCAAGAAAGCAUUGUGGGGCUGUUGUCAGGAACCACAACCGUGUGUACAAGAACAUGUAUUCUGCAUCUCAGAACUUGUUGUCAAGCUGUUGUAAAUAAAAUUGUACAUAAACAUGCAAUAGCAACAUAGACAAAUAAAAACAUUGAUCCAGACAAUA